AUGUCGCUUGAACCAAGAGAUCUAUUUCCAGGAAAUCAAAUAGAUUACUUUUAUUAUUUGGAUUUUCCAAAUUCUUUGUGGUUAUCUCAACUGGCAAAUAAAUCUAAUAAUUUGACUUCUUUAAAUUUGGAUUCUUUAAUACAUGAGGAUGCUUCUCAGG